AUGGGUUUAGGUACGAAGAUCAAGGAUGCUCUCUCCCUUGAGCACGAGUCUCACCCCGAGACCCCCCAUCCUCCCGGGUCGUACCCAGAGGAGAAGGCUGGCAAGCACAGUGACGGACGCGAGUACGUCGCCCCUCAUGGCUCUGCCGUCGACAAGGCAGGUGCCGCUGGAGCUGGCUCAUCGACACACAACAAACUUCACAGGCCCGAAGACCCUCGCUCCGUAGAGGGGCCGCACCAGAGCCAGACACGUCCACAACAGGAGGGAAUCAUGACCACCGAGAAAGGCCCGCUCGGACACCACUACCAGGACUCCGGCGUCGGUAUCGGUCAUGACCGAGUGCCCGAAAAGGGCCACGGCAUUCCCGGUCAAGAGGCUGGUCUAACUGGGGCUGCUGGCGCCCGUGACCCGUACUGGGGCGAUGUCCAAGGCCGGAGCGGCGACCGUCAUCCCGCCGCGGGACUUGGUGCCGGAGCGGGUGCCGGAUCUGCUGCCACUGGCGCAGGUGCCGCUGGCCUCGGCCCACACGGCGAGAGGGAGCCUCUUGGUCAUGGCGCCGGCGUUGGCCCGACUUCCAACCUGGCUACCAUGGAUCUUCCCGACCGGACCCGUGCAGAGCAAGACACCCUCGGCCGGGGAGCUGCGGGAACCACCGGCGCUACCACUGGCUACAAUGACCCGGAGGGCACCCAUGGCCCUCACUCUAGCCGCGCUGCUAACGCCGCGGACCCUCGCGUCGACUCUGAUCGCGACCACCGAGGUGCCCACCACAACAAAGCUGCUGGCGUAGGUGCAGGUGCUGCCGCUGCGGGCGCCGGCUACGCCGCCCACGAACACCACAAGCACCGCCGUGAGAACGAGCAACUCGGCCACACCUCGGCUACUCGCACCACUGCUACGGGCUACAAUGACCCUGAGGGCACCCACGGCCCGCACGCGAGCCGCGUCGCCAACGCUGCUGAUCCCCGUGUUGACUCUGACCGUGACCACCGCGGAGCUCACCACGCCGGCGCGGGCAUCGGCGCUGGUGCGGCUGCUGCUGGCGCCACCGGUCUCGCGGCCCACGAGCACAACCGCCGUCACGAGCACGGCGGCGUCGGACACAACACCACUACAGGCAUGCCUCCUUCCGGUCAGGCUGUCGGUGGAGGCACCUACAAUACCAUCACGGGCGCCGGAAGCCCCGAGGACAUGCAACGCCGCAGCCUUGAGGGCGGCCGCGAGUUCCCUCUUGCAGGCGGAAACACCGCUGGCACUGGGAUGACUGGUGCUCAUCACACAGGUACCGGUCCGACUGGCGCUCAGCAAACUGGCACUGGGAUGACCGCCACCCGCCAUACUGGCUCUGGAAUGACCGGUUCCAAUGUGGCUGGCUCCGGGUUGACUGGCACCCACCACGCUAACUCUGGCAUGACCGGUUCUAACGUGGCCGGUGCUGGCCCAUCGACGGCGACCACUGGCGGUCCCACCACCUCAGGAGCCACCACCUCCCUCCUCUCGGGUAACACCCGCGGUACCGGCCCCGAGUCGUCCAUGGGAUCCGCUGCAGUCCGGGACACCGACUACCACCCCAAGAUGGGCACCACCGACAUCGCCCCGACCUCGCGCGACGACACCGCCCGUCCCGUCUUCUCCUCCGAGGACGCUGGUCUUGGUGCUGCAGCCGGCCUAGGCGCCGCCGGAGCUGCUGCCCAUCACCACAACCGCCACGGCGACAACUACGGCGCCACCAGCACUGGCCAGGUCGGCGGUGCUGUGCCGCCCGGUGCCCCCCGUGGCAGCAUGCUGGAUCCCUACUCCUCAACCACUGAGUCAUCUACUACCCGCGGAGUCAACGAGCCCGGCAUGACCGGCGCUACGGGUCUGCCACACUCGUCUACCGCCACUGGCCAGCACGGUAAUCUUGCCGCUCGCGACAUGGACCCGUCUGCCACUCACACCCGCGGUGAGCCCGGGAUGACCUCCGGUCUCGCUGGCGGCUCAAGCGGCCUUGGCACCGCCUCUGGACCCCACGCCGGCGGUGCUGGAUACGCUGGCCCCGCCCACGAGGGGGCCAAGGUGAUGCACAAGUGCUCGCACUGCGGUAACGACAACGACAUCAGCCAUUACUUUAAGAAGGACGCCGUCUAUCGCAUCAACGGUUGA